GUUUCGCCGAAGACGCGCCGAUGAACCUUCUGGCCGACGAGUUCGAGGUCAUUGAUCCGAAUCCAGAUAUCUGGGCGCUCUUUCUGGAGUACAAUGCGCUCUUCUUUGACGACCUUCUCAACGGCUGCGAGAUCAAGUGGAGCAAGCGCAUGACAUUGUGCGCGGGGCUCUGCAGCUUUCAGCCCAUGUCUGGUUUUUGCUCGAUUCGCCUCAGUGAGCCGCUGCUCAAACUGCGGCCCCGAAGCGACCUUGUCAACACGCUUCUGCACGAGAUGAUUCAUGCGUUCAUCUUCCUCAACAGCCCCGUGCGCGAUCACGAAGACCACGGCCCGCAAUUUCAGUAUCACAUGCACCGCAUCAACGCGCUCGCCCAAACCAAGAUCACAGUCUACCACACGUUCAAUGACGAAGUCGACUCGUACCGCGUUCAUUGGUGGAAAUGCGAUGGUCCAUGCCAACAUUCGCCGCCGUACUUUGGUAUUGUCAAACGAGCCAUGAACCGCCCGCCAAGUGCCCGAGAUCCGUGGUGGGCCGCCCAUCAAAGCAAGUGUGGUGGUACCUUCACCAAGAUCAAGGAGCCCGACAACUACAAGAAAAAAGGGAAGCGCGACAAGCCUGCUUCCGAUACAGCGCAAAAGACGAUUGGCUCAUUUUUCAAAACCGAUGUUGGCGAUGUCAAGCCGUCCGCCGUGCCCGCCAAGCGCGCCCGUCCCACCGAACCACCUGCACCCAAGCAGCCUACAAGCGCGGUGCUGGCUUCGUUCUUUGACCCUGUCCCGAUCAAGAAACCCCGCGUCGAGGCCAAAUUCGAGACCAUCGAUUUGACGUUAAGCGACUGAGCGCCAAGAUCGAGAGCAUCUCAAGUCUUGAAUUCUGACACCUGACGUCGUCUGUCCUUCUUGUCAACAAGGAGUGCAGCGACGAUAGGCUUGACCGCGAUUGAAAGCUGUGCCGUGUGUCCCGUCACGAGAAAUGAUCUUUCUGCGAAGUGGACUCGAGUUUGUAUGCUACAGCUACCUCGGGGUUGCGUGAUGUUAAUCACAUGAGACUUACGGACUUCGCGAAGUGAUGGUAUCCAUG